CUAAAUAAUAUUUUCAUGAUACUUAUCAUUUGUAAUGGUUCCUUAAGUUGAGGGAUAUUUUGGCCUUAUUGGACAAGUGGAAAGAUAAAAACAAUAAACAACAAAAGAAAACAAAAAAUAAAAAAAAAUAUUAGGACUUUAGUUUAAAGAAUUAUGGUGUCAUCUAGCGAUCACCUUAACAGAACAAAGUCUAGAGCCACUCUGGACCUUAAAUGAGAAAUUGUCCCCAGUAUUUAGAGGAUAUAAAACAAAAACUAUAGUUGAUUUUCUACUAUCUACAACUACAAGUAGUGAUUUGUUUUUCGUAACGUAUAUAAUUUUAGCCAUAUGAGAUUUUGUUUGAUUUGUCUUAAUGUAAAAAUUAUUCAUAUCAACUUUUUAUAAUUUUUAAUAAUACUUUUUAAGCAUUGAAUAAGUGCAUUGAAUAGAGCGUAUAAAGUAACUGGUACAUUAAUACUAAAUUAGAGGUAGUAUUUAUUAAGAAAGAAAAUUACUCCAUCAACUAGAAGUGAAACAAUGGAUGCCUUAGGUCUGGGAGGUUCAUCUUCAUGGUGGAGCAACCAUCCUUUCAAUAAUAUCCGCCAUAGACAAAGAGGAAGAAAACCUAGAAACAGCAAGCACAAAGCUUCUUCUUCAGAGUCUUCAGUUAAGCCAAACACAGGUUUCCAUUUCCCAUUAAAGCAAGCUCUGACUGCUGGUUCUCUUGCCCUCGCUGGUGACACAAUUGCUCAACUCCGACAUCGUUGGACUUCUCUCAACCAAGAAUCUGAAUCUCUUGCCGAUGAUUCUCAUAAGGAUAUUAUCCAAAGGCUUCUUCAAGAUCAUGACUGGAUACGAGCCCUUCGUAUGACUUCUUAUGGGUUUUUGCUCUAUGGCCCAGGAUCAUAUGUGUGGUAUCAAACGCUAGAUAAAUAUUUACCUCAGCCGACUGUUCAAAACCUAGUAUUGAAGGUUGUGUUGAAUCAAAUAAUUCUCGGUCCAACAGUUAUUGCUGUUGUAUUUGCAUGGAAUAGUUUAUGGCAAAGGAAGCUGGCUGAGCUACCUAGUAAAUACCAGAGGGAUGCCUUUCCUACACUACUAAUUGGAUUUAGAUUCUGGAUUCCCUAUAGUGCAAUAAACUUCGGGGUUAUUCCUCUUCAUGCACGGGUGGGUUUCAUGUCAUUGGGUUCCAUCUUCUGGAACUUUAUCCUAUCUUCAACAAUGAGCAAGUAACACUGCUUACAAGAUCAUGAUCCUGCCCUGAGAAAUAUUUUGCAACCCAUAUGGAGCUUUCUAUAACCGGUGCAGCUUUGCAUAUCCUGACGAGUUUCCUGUAUUUCUAGCGGCUGAUCGUACAGACUGCUCUAGAUUGAGAAUCUUAAGCCUGAAACAAGGUACUUAAACAGCUUCAAAUAAGCCAAGUUGAGAAGUAUCGCUCUUCGUUGUUGUUAUUGGAUAAUUUCGGUACACAACUCGAAGCAUGAGCCAAUUUCAGAAUAGGAGAUAGAGCCAAUUUCAGAAUAGGAGAUAGAUUUCUUCUUUUUGGUCGGAUUCCUCAUGUUUGACAGGCCAGGUUCUUUUGGAUAUUGCUUUGCUUUAGACUGUAAUUGCUUUGGCAAGUUAUGUUCUCAACUUUGCUUUCCAUUUACCUCUACUAUACCCGUCAGCUUUUGACCAUAGUAUGGAGUAAUAUGGACAUAUAAGAUGUAAAACAUAGUACAAUACUUCAUGACCCUAAUAUUAUGAAGGCUCCAUUUGGUACUUGGUCAUAAUAAUAAUGCAAAAAUAAGGAUGUAUCGUAUUGGCUGUAUCGUAAAGGUGUUCAAAUUUACCAAACCGAUAUUACUCGUGAGUCGUGUCGUAAAGGUGUGAAAAAUUCACAUUAUAGACCUUUUCAAGCGAUAUUUCAGGGUUUAGGCUGAAAAAUUUACGGUUUCCGUUAUCAUGUCGUCGUGUCUGUUACCACAACUGCGACCUUUAUCUAUUUUUGCACCAUGGUCAUUAUUAGAUGCUAGAGAAUGAAUUUUAGCAUAAGUUUUCAUAGAAAGUAUUAUGUCAUUCUCAUGAUAAUGAAACUCUUAUUCUUAUAUUUGUGUUUUCUUUGUAACUAUUUAUUACCAUCUACUACCACUCUUUAAUUAGUAAUGGAUUUGAAUAAAUUUUGUGAAGUGAAAAAUAAUUAGCGCAAGACAAUUAUGAUCGUAAUUCAUGAAAUUGUUAAAUAUUUUAUGAUUCAAUACCAAUAAACAAAUAAGUAAAAAAGUGACUGAGUUUAGUAACUAAUGAUGAUUUGUAUUAUAGUUACAUGUAAAUGCUAUUGAUUUGUGAGAGUUGUAGAUCCUUAAAUUUUCAAUAUGCAGGACCCAUCAAAGGAUGGAAGAUAGGAAUAGUCACUAAUGAAGGAAUUAGCAUGUGUUACAUCUUAGUUGAGGGACUCAUUGGCCGUGAUCUCCUUUAUGAGUAUGAGUUGUCGUCGUUCUUUCCUUUUCAAAUUUUGCUCAUAAUUUUAUAGACAGGAUACACUGGAUAAGAUGAUAAUGAUGAGCAUGUUCAUCUGAAAUUUAUACCCAUGAGUUUGAGCCACCCCUUCUAGCAAAUGUGAGCACUUUUCGUAGUGUACGGGGCAAACUCAUAAGAACGGAGGAAGUAUUUGUUACGAGUUACAAAGUCCUUGAAUAAAUAGAUAGCCCGUCUUGUAUGACACCGUCUAACCGUCACGGGUCUAUAUAAAAAGCCCAUUAGUAAAAAACAUUAAGAAAACAAUGAAAAUUGAAUUUUCACUUAUAUAGGAAACUGUUUUUUUAUAAAUAAUUUAGGCUGAAUCAAUUGAAGUCGUCUCACGGUGAGAUCACAAUAAAGAAUUAGUGAUAGACAUUUGCUAGAGAAUCAGAUCGACCACUUUUUUUUUGUAAAUGUCGUAUGUUUGAUUCUUACCUAGAUUUCUCCUAUUCUUAACCUACCAUGUAAUAAAGAAAAAUUACAAAUUGCAAAAUUAGAGUGAGAGGGGAAUAGAUACCUUUCUUCUGAAUUGCUGGUUUCACAUAUGAAAAGAACCUUCUCUUUGGGUAUGCUAUUGGUGAUUAUCAAUCAACAUGAGAUAAAUAAUAUUUGUCAGAACUGAUGACUUCUUAAGGAUUUGGAAUCUUUCUUUGAAUUGAGGCACUUUUCAUAUUAGUUUGUCCCCAUUACGUUUUUUAAUUCUUAUUUACACAUAUUCUGUCAUUCUUUAUAACAAGUUUUUUUCUCUAAUUUUAUAUUAAUUUUCAGUUUACUUUCGGUGAAUUACCUAUUAUAGCAGGUCAUCGAGUUACCCGUGUUUACUCUAGGCAAAUACCCUUAAAAUUGAGAUAUUUAUGGUUAAUCAAUAGGUGAGAUUAUUGUAGGAAAAUCAUGAAAAUAUUGAAUUAUUCCAAGUAAUUUAUUUUUUAGUACUUACUCCGACUGUCAAUGUUACAAUCUCUUAGAUACAGAAAGAGCAUCCAUCAAUGUCAUUUUCUCUUGCACUCACAAUGCAUUACAGGGUAUCUUUCUAUUUCAGAAUAUAAACUUUCACUUAGAAUAAAAUUGCACAACACUAAUUUUUUUUUUAAAAAAAAAAAAAAAAAAAAACCAAUUUGAAGAGACAUCAUACUAUCGUCCAUUUCUUUUUAAUAGCUACACUUCAGAAGACGAGGAUAGUAAAUCGUUUCUUUUUAAUAGCUAAGAAUCUCCUGCACUGAACUACCAAGUACAAUAUUUGUGUUGCUUGAAAGAUAAGAGAAAUUAAGGUGCAAUGAACAGGGGUAAUAGUAAUAGAGAUGGGCUACUCAGAUGGGAUCAACGUUACAAUUCUCAAUAUAACCAAAGAAAUGGUGCACCACUUGGAUAUAGGUCGUUUGAGGAAAGACCACCUAUCUUACGACCCUCGAGUUUGACAAGUGUUCCCUUGGAUCCUCUUCCAGCAACUCGAAUCAUCGUUGUUGGCAACAACACGGGGCAUGGAGUGAGCCCUAUGUUUCCCUUACAUUCACAACCGCAACUGAUACCUAGAUUCAUUGAUCAAGAAAGCACCCGUGUACCUACACAAACGGAUAACUCAAAGCUAACGAAAGAUGAACAAGAAAUGGCCUUAAAGAAACUCAAGAAGGAAAUCUACAAUCCUAUGCCUAAGAUCCUUGCAAGAAGAGUGAGCCUAUACUAUAGAGACCUUAACAAAGGAGUUAAUACAAAGGCGUUUGAUAAGCACAACGAUGAAGAUCGAAAAAGUUGUACGGUUUGUUUAGAGGAUUUUAACCCUAGAGAAGAAGUAAUGCUUACACCUUGCAAUCAUAUGUUUCAUGAAGAAUGCAUUGUACCUUGGGUGAAGGAUAAUGGAUUGUGUCCGGUUUGUAGGGCUACAUUUUAUGAAAGAAGACAAAAUGACUUAGAUUCAAGCAACAACACGCGGGUUGUUCAACUUCGACCUGUUGGUCAGCCUGUUCAGUUUCAUGAUGAUUUGUUUUCUCUUAUUCGGGUUAUGGAUGAAUUUAUUCCUUGGGGACUUUAGACUUCUAUAGCAUUUUCGAGGUUUUAGCGACAAUGAAUGCAAGUUAUUGUAUUACAACUUGAUCCUCAAUGAUUUUAAGUUUGCUAUAUACAAGUAGUUAAAAAGCUCUCACAUUAUAAAUUAAUGUGUAGCAAACUAUAAGAGACAAAGGAAUAUGUGUUAUACAAUGGUUGAGUAAUUUAUUGUACUUCAUACAAGUUAUGUAAUGUGUCAAAGUAAAACUUCUACGGUA